AUGGAGACUUUGAUGGAUCAAGAGGCCCGAGAUACCGCGCCCAAGGCCUUGGCUCAUCUUGACACUAGCAUAACUCAAUCCAGAAGCUUCCAUUGGCCUGAACACGGCCCAUUCAAGAACUUGGAGAGCAAGCUCAAGCGGCUAAAGAGAAAUGGAAACUUUCCUCUUCUGCGCGCGCUCAACUUUGCCGACCUAGACCCGCUCUCUACCUAUAUAUACUUGCUUUUAGCCUCUUGUAAUAAGAAUCACCAGCCGCAUAACAAGAAACACUUAUUCAAUAAAGUACUUGGAGAUGAAUCACAACACCAACAUCCACUUUGGGAACCGGACACUGAUCCCACACGAUCUCCACGGCCGGGUUACCAAGAUCCAGCCGUAAACAUCGUGCCACAUCCGUUCCCUCCCAACCGCGCUCAUCCGACGUUUGAAGGACCUAGCCGAGACGAGCAUCAUUACCAUCAUCAUCAAAACCGACCUCCGGUUUAUCAUCAACCACCUAGACCAGUGUUGCAUUCACACCACGACCAUGUUCUCAAUAGGCGGAGAGAUAGCCAUUUCGAUGCCGUGCUUGAGGGUUUCAUGGAGAGCCAAAGAAAAACUAGCCGCGACAUUGAGACAAAGCUAGAGUUCACGCGAUACGAACUAGAUGGAAGACUUGGAGAACUCUCUACCCAAAUAGAGAGAGUCUUUUGGAGCAUUCUGGAGCAUAUGGGACAUAAGGAGCAUGGAGGGACUUGGCACAUGGAAGCAGCUCAACUGGAUACGCAAAGGAAGAAGGGAGAAGCCAUCUUGAAGACCAGCUCGACCGUCCACUCGACCAACCGGUCGAGUUCCUCAACUCGACCGGCCAAGCUUCAACUCGAUCGAGCUGGGGAGUCAAAGUUAAACCCGAAAAAUGUUGCUUCCCCCUUGACUUCCCUUUGA